AUGACAGCAUGGACAGUAUUGGAGCCAUCGCUGAUGACUCAGCGGGCAGUUAACAGGAUUGAGUCUGUAUCCUACCGCGUCUCCCGUGCACCUCCUGAGAAGACACAACUCAAACUCUCUAUUGGAGAUCCAACAUAUGAUGGUAAUCUUGUGGCCCCAACAACUGCCACUGAGGCAUUUGUUCGUGGUGUGGAAAGUAAUAAAUAUAAUGGAUAUCAACAAUCCUUUGGACGACCAGAGGCUCGAGAGGCCGUUGCACAGUUCUGGGGAAAGAAUUUCGCUGGUGAACAGGCAUCACUCUGCAAAGCGGAAAACGUGGUUCUCACCUGUGGAGUUUCAGAAGCACUUCUCACUAUCAUCACAUCACUCUGUGAUGAGGGGGAUAAUAUACUACUCCCUAUGCCAGGAUUUCCAUUAUAUGAUUUUAUCUGUGAUCUCUAUAAGUUUGAGGGACGUCAUUAUUUAUGUAAUGUGGAAAAAGACUGGGAAAUUGACUUUAAUCACGUGCGAAGCUUAGUAGAUGACAAAACCAAAGCCAUACUGAUAACAAAUCCAUCUAAUCCAUGUGGAAGUAAUUUUGGUCGUGAACAUAUAAAAGAUAUUAUUCAACUAUGUGAAGAGUUACAACUUCCACUUAUUGCAGAUGAGAUAUAUGCUGGUCUUGUAUUUCCUGGAGAUUCUUUUAUUUCUGUGGCAGAAUUUCAAACAUCUAUUCCACGUUUUAUUCUUGGUGGUUUAUCUAAAACCUUCAUGAUCCCUGGUUGGCGAUUUGGUUGGAUUAUUCUUAUGGACCCUGAUAACUAUGCAAAGGAGGUAUUGCAAGGGAUGCGCAAUCUUAGCACAAUCUCACUUGGUCCAAACUCCGUGGUACAAGGUGUAGUCUCAGAGAUUCUUGCCAAUACACCAGAAUCAUACUUUAAACGAAAUAUUGAAGAAAUAUGCAAUAACGCAACUCUAUUUUCAAAUGCGAUACCGCAAUGUCAUGGUUUAUCAUGUGCAUCCCCACGGGGAGGAAUGUUUAUUAUGGUAAAAAUCGAUCUUAAUGCUUUCAGUGAUGUAAAAGAUGAUAUUGCAUUCUAUGAAAUGUUAGAGGAUGAGGAGAAUGUGCAAGUUAUUCCUGGUAUCUUCUUUCAUAUGCCCGGAUACUUCCGUGUUGUGAUUUCGCGACCAAAGCAUAUCGUUGAGGAAGUUACACGACGCCUUCGUGAAUUCUGCACGCGUCACAAGAAAAAUUAA